UACCGACUGGUUGGUAGCAGCCUGUCACACAUGGUUUACAGAUUUAACUGUUAGUUGCACCCAGGUAAAUGUGAGCAGAGUCCACAGACUAAGAAUAAACAAGUGGGCAGGACUUGAAGGCCUUGGAGCGGCCCAGCAGUUAUGAAGACAAAUAUUUCCCCUCUGGAUCAGUUAGGUGGGGAAAGGUGUGUUUGGAGAGGAGACAGAGGGGUGCUUUGUCCCCUUCUCUGACAGGUCAGCUCUCCCAGUCUCUUCCGCCUCAUUCCUCCCUCCCUUUCCCUCAAUCCCACCUUCCUGCUCCCUCGUCCCUUUGCACUCUCCUGGAGCUCACACAGAUCUUCUCACUGGAAAGAUGCUAUCGCCCCUCCACUGUUCACUCCUGCUCGUCCUUGCUCAACAGUGCUUCAGCAGGGCUCAGAACAAUGGGCAGCUGCCGGCUCUUCGGGGUGGACAGCCUAUGGCUGAGAGGCGGCAGUUCUGCCAGUGGCCCUGUAAGUGUCGGGAGAGACCUCACUGUUCCCCGGGGGUGAGCGCUGUCCUGGACGGGUGCGGCUGCUGCAAGAGCUGUGCCAGGCAGAUUGGGGAACCGUGCAAUGAGAGGGACGUUUGUGACCCACACAAGGGCAUGUACUGUGACUUCUCAGCAGACCAUCCAAGAUAUGAGGUUGGAGUGUGUGCAUACAUGAUGGCAGUGGGCUGUGACCUGAAUGGAGCCCACUAUGAGAACGGAGAAGCUUUCCAGCCCAGCCCCCUCUAUAAGUGCACAUGUAUUGCCGGAGCCAUUGGCUGUACCCCAGUUUUCAUCCAGAAGCCUGCCGGUCUCUUAGGCCCCGCUCCACUGAUGAGCAACAUGCCAGCUGGCCUCAGCAGUCGUCAGAGCCCAAAGAAGCACCAGCAGGACACUACCUACAUGUCAGCUUACAGGGAUCCUCCUUUAGCCUGGAAGAAGAACUGUCUGAUCCAGACCACCCCCUGGAGUCCCUGCUCUAAGACCUGCGGCCUGGGAAUCUCUGUGCGCGUCAACAACGACAACAGCAAAUGUGAGAUGAGGAAGGAGCGCCGCCUGUGCCUUCUGCGACCAUGUGAGAGGAGCGUGCUUAGGAGUGUUAAGGUGCCAAAGGGAAAGACAUGUCAGCCUAAAUUCCAGGCAAAGAAAGCAGAGAACCUGACACUCUCUGGCUGUACCAGUACCAAAAAGUUUAAACCCACAUAUUGUGGUGUCUGUACAGACAAGCGCUGCUGUGUCCCUAACAAGUCACGCGUGAUCAAGGUCAACUUCACUUGCAAAGGAGGUUCCAACACACAGUGGAAGAUGCAGUGGAUAACGUCCUGCGUGUGCCAGAGGAAGUGCAACAAACCCGGUGACAUGUUUUCUGAGCUGCGGUUACUCUGAUGGAGC